UACGUUGUUGUUACGUACAUAGUACCGAGUGCCGCAGAAGUUGGUAUAAACUCGUGCUGUCUCGCGGCACAGUGUCCUUGUCUCCGAGAAAAUUUUUGUUCUCAACCCGCGUCGUUGAAAAAAAAUACAAGUGAAUGUCAUGGAUCUAUCCAAGCCAAAACAAUCGUCGACGAGCCGCAGCAAGAAAGAAAUACAAGAGGACGUCAUGGAUUCAUCCGAACCAAAAAAACAAGAGAACGUCUUGGAUCUAUCCAAGCCAAAACAACAAGAGAACGCCAUGGAUCUAUCCAAGCCAAAAGCACCGUCGGGAAAGUCAACAGGAUUAGACAACGAAUUGGGUAGGAGAUGGAGUACUCCAAAUAGUGUCGCACGAUCGUCGAGCCAACAGAAACUUAACUCGUCGUUGAAGAGGUCGUCCUCGCAUGAGCAGCCGUUCAGAGGUACUGCGAUUGUAUCGUCGACCCAAAAGUUGAAAUCGUUGUCAUCGGCUACAGGCUCGAUGACUUCCCCGCCGUCGUCGCCGACCAUGAAGCGGUAUAUUCGGACGAACAGUGCCCCGAUAUCACUGGAGGGAAAUCGGAACUCGUCGCGGACGGCUGCAAGCUCGAUGACUUUACCGCCGUCGUCAUCGUCGAUCUUGAAGCCGCCUAUUCCGACGAAAAAUACCUCGAUGUCGCCGAAGCAAAAUCUGAGCUCGAAGUCAUCAGCUGCUAUCCCGAUGGCUUCCCCGUCGUCGAGCUUGAAGCAGCUGUAUCUGACGAUAAGUACCUCGAUGGCCCCGAAGCAAAAUCUGAGCUCGACGCCAUCGACUGCAAGCUCGAUGAUUUCCCCGCCGACGUCAUUGUCGAUCUUGACGCAGCAUAUUCCGACAACAAAUACGUCAAUGUCGGCGACCCAAAAUCUGAACCUGACGCUACCGUCACGUGUUCGGCCGAAAGGUACCUGGAUACCACCGAGGCAAGAUUUGAACUCGUCGACAUCGUUUGUAAGUAUUGCUCGUAAGAAUUCGAAGAAUAAAACCUCGAUGUCACCGAUCAAAAAUCUGAACUCGGCACCAUUGGGUGCAACGCCGAAGGCUUCCCCGUCAAAGAUGUCGAAUCUGAAGCAGAAGCGAACCAAUAAUAUUCCGAUGUCACCGAAGCAUAAUCUGAAAUCGACGCCAUUGGUUGUAAUCCCGAAGGCUUCUCCGUCAAAGAUUUUGGAUCUGAAGCAGAAUCAGACGAUAAAUACCUCGAAGUCGCCGACCAAAAAUCCGAACUCGACGCCAUUGGUUGUAAUCCCGAAGGCUUUCCCGUCGAAGAUGUCGAAUCUAAAGCAGAAUCAGACGGAUAAUGCCUCGAUGUCGCUGACCCAAAAUCCGAACUCGACGACUUCUUCGUUGUUCGCAUUGGAGCAGAUGUCACAAAAUAUCCAGAUCUCGUCGAACCCAGAUCCGAACUCGACGCAAUUGGCCGCGACGCUGAUGCAGGAGUUGGCGUUAAAUACCUCCUACCCGGAAACCGUCGAGCCCAGCUCGGAGCUUGCGGGACAAAAGCCGCCCGCUGGCGACGAAGCCGAAAAAGAUAAAAAGUCGUUAGAAAAUCGACGAUGAAGCCUGGUCCGCGCACGUGCCCGAAGUGCCACUGGAGGUUGAAAUAUUGCCCGUGUGACUGAGUCUAGCAGAGGCCUAAGUCUUUUAAAAAUGUUCACCUGUGUAUAGCAAUUUGUGACUGUGUCGUAAUACAUAUAAUUUAUGUAGUUUUUAUGUGUGUGUGUGCGCGCGCCUUUAUGCAUUCUUAAAAGUUUUAAAUCUAAAUCGAUAUACUGCGCGAGUUCGAGACAUUUUCUGUGCGCGAGUCAUGCAAAAAAAAUUGUAUUUUCACAUGUGUAUGUAGUAUGAAUUCGGACAAUAAUCGACAUUUUUUUGUGUGACAGAAACAUUGUAUGUACAAACGAAUUAAUUUGUCCGAAUUAUUUGACAAAAACAAAAUUCUUUCCGUUCAUCAAAUUAAAGUAGGAAUUUUGUCGAAAAUUUAAUGAAGAAAAAAGAGAAAAAAGACACAUAGAACGAAUAAAUUCAGUCAAGGUAAACGUACACUGCA